GCACAGUUCGAGAAAAGAGUUGUUUUUCCAUCUCUUUCUUUUGUCUUUUUUCUACUUUCUGUUCAUGUUUACAAACCGACGAUACACUCCUCGCUGUCACACACACAAAAAGAUUCUCUCUUUCUUUUUCCUUUUCUUUCUCAUCAUUCACUGAAAUUUUCCCCAGAAACAAUCACUAUUAUCAUGUUUUUCUGUUUCCUACAUUUGAAUUAGAUACUAAGCUUUGUUGGGUCGUUUUUUUUUCUUUUGGAGUUAUGGGAUGCUCUAGUUCCAAGUUAGAUGAUUUACCAGCAGUUUCUCUUUGUAGAGAAAGAUGUAGUUUUCUAGAUGAAGCGAUUCAACAAAGAUUUGCUUUAGCUGAGGCUCAUGUUGCUUAUUUUGCUUCUUUGAAGUUGUUUGGUCAGUCUUUGAAUAGUUUUAUUGAGUAUGAUCCGGAAGCCUCUUUAGAGGCGCCUCCGCCGCCUUCUCCGCCGUCUGAUAAAGAUAAAGCGGUGGAUCAGGUUGACGGUGGGUCGAGUUCACCGAAAAAGAAUGUUGUUUCUCACCGCCAUUCUCAUUCAAAUUCUGGGUCUCAUCUACAGUUCCAUUCCGAUUCAGAUGAGGAUGAUUCCGGUGCGUCUUUGCAUCAUUCGGGUCAUUCUUCACCUUUACACGACGGCGGCGGCGGUGGUCAUAUAGAGUAUAUUCACCAAAAUUAUCCCAAUUAUGGAGGUUUUGAAUCUGGGUCAUUUCCAAAUGGGUUUAUGCAUAUGAAUUUCAUGAAGAAACAGCCAAUGCCGUCUAUUGUUUAUGAACAAAGGCCUAUGAAUCCAGAGACUGUUUAUAUGGGUGAAUCUUCAUCUCCUUCUUCUUAUUAUCCUUAUUUUAAUGAUAAUCCUAGUUCAUACCUUAAUCCGGGUUACCGAAAUUACGGUGGUUUCAGUAAUUAUUCUUCUUAUCCGGCGCCUGGUUAUGAUUCUUCACUGCAACAGCCGUCGACAGCGGCGGUGGGGGCUGUGGCGUCAUCCUCCAAACCACCGCCGCCUCCACCUUCACCUCCCAGAGCUUCAGCUUGGGAUUUUUUGAACCCUUUUGAGAUUUAUGAGAACUACAAUCGUCCUUAUACACCAAGUAGGGAUUCAAGGGAGGUAAGGGAAGAGGAAGGGAUACCUGAUUUAGAAGAUGAAGAUUAUCUACAUGAAGCAGUUAAAGAAGUGCAUGGAGGCGGCGGUGGCAGUGGCGGCAGCGGUGGCGGCAGCGGUGGCGGGUAUUCGAAGUCUCCGGUCGAAGCCGAAGAUGGGAAAGUUGCAAGUAAUGAAGCAGAGGCGGCGAGGCAGAGUGAUGGGAUGGAAAAUGAGAGAGUGGAAUAUGAAGUUCAUGUGGUGGAUAAGAAAGUUGUGGACAAUGAGAGGGCCGAGGAAUGUGGCAAUGGAUCAGGAACCGUUCCGAGGAAUGCUUUCGAGGUGGCUAAAGAGAUAGAGGUUCAGUUCGUGAGAGCUUCGGAGUCGGCCAAUGAAAUUGCCAAGCUGCUCGAAGUCGGAACACUUCAUUAUCAGCACAAACAUGGUUCGAAGAUGUUGCUCCUAGUUCAGCCAUCUUUAACCGAUAACACCGAUCCAGCUUUACUAGACUUCGAUGAAGAAUUGGCUAGGAAACCGAAAAGCCUUUCCUCUACUUUGCAAAAGUUGUAUCUUUGGGAAAAAAAGCUCUAUAAUGAAGUAAAGGCCGAGGAGAAGAUACGGGUAGCUUAUGACAAGAAAUCCCGUAAGUUGAAACGACUUGAUGAACGGGGUGCUGAAGCUACUAAAGUUGAUUCAACCCGGAAUAUAAUCAGGAGCCUAUCUACAAAGUUACGAAUUGCAAUUCAAGUUGUUGAUAAGAUAUCCGUGACAAUCAAUAAGAUCAGGGAUGAUGAACUAUGGCCGCUGCUCAAUGAACUGAUUGAAGGGUUAAGCAGAAUGUGGAAAUGUAUGCUCAAAUGCCAUCGAAAUCAGUAUGAGGUGAUCAGAGAAGCCAAAGCUUUAGGUUCUAUUGGAUCGCGCAAAAAGCUCAGCGAUGACCAUCUUACAGCUACAUUACAGCUCGAGCAUGAACUUAUUAGUUGGGCUCUAAGAUUCUCUCGUUGGAUAGGUGCACAAAAGGGUUACGUCAGGGCUUUGAAUAAUUGGCUUUUGAAAUGUCUUUACUAUGAACCCGAAGUGACCGAUGAUGGAAUAGCUCCAUUUUCACCUAGUCGGGUUGGUGCACCACUCAUAUUUGUAAUAUGUAAUCAAUGGUCACAAACAAUGGAUAGAAUAUCAGAACGGGAAGUGGUUAAUUCGAUGCGGAUUUUUGCUAUGAGUCUGUUCCAACUUUGGGAACACGAUAAAUCAGAAAUGCAUCGGAGAAUGAUGACUAAUAAGGAUUUAGAGAGACGGGGUAUGAAUCUGGAUAGAGAGGAUCAAAAGUUACAAAAAGAGAUCCAAGCAUUGGAUAAACAAAUGGUUUUGGUCUCUGGAGAUGGUAAUAGUCUGUCAGUUUCUGGACAUGUCGUGUAUCAGAGCGAGACUAGUAGUGGUAAUUUGCAGGGGAGCUUACAGCGUAUUUUUGAGGCAAUGGAAAAGUUCAGUUCGGAGUCUUCUAAAGCUUAUGAGGAGCUUUUGCAACGUGUUGAAGAAAGAACUGGUCAAGAACGUGAAAGAGUUUCAUAGGGCUGUAAAAUGAAAUAAACUACGAGAAACGAAGCUAAGAGGUUGGUUAGACUGGUACAGUAACGCACAAUUCGGCUCGGGUGAUGAGGGAAAUAAGAAGGGAGCAAACCAUGGGGUCAUUAAUGUUGCUCGGUGAUGUGGAUCGCAAAGCCUUCCAAAACCAUCAAAGCUUGCCAAGAGCUAGAGAAGUAAGAACAACUCACGGUGUUGCAAAAUCUCAUUCAAAAUCGCAACUCAUUGCAUUCUUUUCAACUCAACAGCAUCGUGCACCGUCUUCCAUCGAAAGAAAUUCGGGCAUGAACCAUUGGAGUAAGCUUCUCCUCCACAAUUUUUGCAUGAUCAAAGAGUUCUUUUUUUUAUAAAUAUAGGGUUGUUUUUCGUGAGCGUUUUAAGAGUGAAUGCAAGUUAAGAAUGCUCAUACACGGUCAAACGUUGUACUAUUUAUCUCUUUUUCAUAUUAAAUUGAAUUAUGUCCAUUGUUGUGCCCUGCAAA